CGGCCAUUGCCAUGGCCUGAAACUGUCAAACUGGCCGUUUUUUAAACCCUCUUGGUCUCCGCAUCCUCGACUCGCAUCUUCACACACCCUCAUGCCCCGCCGCACUUGCUAGCGAUUAUGUCGGCCUUCCGCAAACACAUGCCGCGCACCACCCGCUUACUCGUCAGCGCCUUCUUUCUCUACAUCUUCGUCUGGGUCAAGGGAUGGCCGCGCAUCUACGACGAGGAAGAACUGCCUGCCGUCCAGCGUCCCCAGCAGCAGGGCGCCCCUGUCGGCCCUUACCAGGUUGAGCGCGACCAACUAGUCGUCUCCGUCACUACCACCGCCAUCAACGUUCACUCCAAGGUCGCACCCCUCAUCCUCAAUACCGCCAACGAGGACCAUGGCAUGCUGCUGCUCUUCUCGGACCUCCAGGCCCAGAUUGGCGCCUGGCCCAUCUUUGACGUCGUCUGGCGCCUCACCGCCGAUGUCGUCUUGCACAUUGAUGAGUUGAAGAGAUACCGCACCCAGCUCGACUUUGCGCGGAGGAGCAUUCCCUUGCAAAACCUCAUAAAGGCGGAUCCGGAGGAAGAGAGGAAGGACAUGUUGGUCCUGGACAAGUACAAGAUCCUACAGACAAUCAAUGCGGCCUGGGAAUACCGACCCGGCCGCAGCUGGUACAUUUUCGUCAACGAUGAAACAUACGUCAACAGGCCAAACUUGAUCGAAUGGCUCGGCCAACACAAUCCCGACGCAAAACACUACUUUGCUAAUCCACCCAUACCCGCCGAGACCCUCGUCCCCGACCCAUUUGCUCCCUCGGGCACCUCUUUCAUCGUGUCGCGCAAGGCCAUGACGGAGCUGUUGGUAGACCGCAAAGACUACAUCAAGAAAUGGGCAAAGCGCAUCCCAGAGUAUACAUCGGCAUACCAUCUAGUCACGAGCGUGUUGCAGGAGGAGCUCAACAUGUCCGCCGUUCCCGUAUGGCCCGGCAUUACCGGCUACGACCCCAGCACCGCGCCCUUCCAUCCUUCGCUAUGGUGCGAGCAAGUCAUGAUCAUGCACCAUGUCAAACCAAGCAUGGGUGGAGAUCUGGCUAAAUUGGAGAGAGAACAGCCUGCCCACCAGCCUAUGCGCUUUGCAGACCUAUGGGACCGCUUCUUCACCCCGGAAGACCUAAACUCUACACGAAACAACUGGGACAAUUUAUCCUCGGAAGCGUCAAACGGACGCUGGAACAUCCUGUUUGCAAACAACGAAGACGUCAAGGACCGCGCCAAGUCAGGCGAAGAGUCACCAGAAGCAUGCAAAAAAUCGUGCGAGGCCAGCACCUAUUGUGUACAGUGGUCGUAUUCUUCGAUUCCUCAAACCAAUUGGAAUGACAAUCCCGAAACAAAAUGUCAUCUCAGCAGCAGUAUACGCUUUGGGUCCUAUGUCAAGCCCAAAGAGGUGCCAGGAACUGACGGAAAGCAGACAUUGAGUUGGAAGAGUGGAUGGAAAAAGGCAAGGUUUCAUAAUUGGGCAAGACGACAGCGAUGCAAUCAACAUCUCCAGUAGGCCCUUUGUAGUACUUUGUUUUGCAGCGUUUUAGCGUUUUGUAUUCUUCUGCAUAAUUCUUCCGUUUUCUUUUCUUCCGUCUUGUUUUACUACGCAGAGCCCCUGCUCCUGAAUUGCCGGAGGGAGGUUAUAGAAAGGGUAGAUACUUGGGUAAACUCGCAUUGACUAGGCAAUGUCUAGGAAUUCGAGUACAUGGAGGUCAAAAAUAGAUUCAGCCCUCCCUCUCCCAAAUACUUGGUAUAACGCGUGAGCACGUGUCUUCGCUUAGAC